CUGGUGAACUACAGAGAAAGCAGUUAUGUGGAAAAUGAGGAAAAGCUGAAUAAUCUCAUGGGUUGCUUGUAAGCUGGCAGUUGGCCUUCCUCCCCAAGCUCUGCUUCUCUGACUGAACUCUAUAGUAAAAGUUUGUCGAGUAAUUAGAAACCAGAAGGCUUCACAGGUGAAAGUAACAUUUGAGCUGCUUCAGAAGGGUUCUUAGAUAGACCAUGGCCCUGAGAGCAUGUGGCUUGAUCAUCUUCCGAAGACGCCUUAUUCCCAAGGUGGACAACGAUUCAAUUGAAUUUCUACUGCUGCAGGCAUCAAAUGGCAUUCAUCACUGGACUCCUCCCAAAGGCCAUGUGGACCCAGGAGAGAAUGACUUGGAGACAGCCCUAAGGGAGACUCGGGAGGAAGCAGGAAUAGAAGCUCACCAGCUGACCAUCGUUGAGGGGUUCAGAAAGGAGCUCAAUUAUGUUGCGUGGCAGAAGCCUAAAACAGUUAUUUACUGGCUGGCAGAAGUGAAGGACUACGAUGUGGAGAUCCGCCUCUCCAAUGAACACCAAGCCUACCGCUGGCUGGGGCUGGAUGAAGCCUGCCAGUUGGCUGAGUUCAAGGAGAUGAAGGCAGCACUCCAAGAAGGACACCAUUUUCUUUGCUCCACAGUGGCCUAAGCUGACCAGAGCAGUCAUUUGCUUCCAAAGGAUUCUUGAGGGCUGUUGGAAAUUAACCCUGCCCUUUGGUCCAGGGAAAGAUAUGCGGGUCUUUGGCUUGUUACAGACAAGAGCAGAAAGGUUACUGAAGUCAGUUUAGGAUUGUCAGAUGAGAACAAGUAAGAAAAUUAGCUGAGUGAAAAGACAAAGUAGUUAAAAAAAAAAAAAAACACAACAGUAAGUGCAUUCUUUUACUUUAUAAAUAAACCUCAAGUAGCUUAUCUGUCCUUCUAA